AUGGAGAACCUACCUGAGGCAAAAGUAAAGGGGGAUCAAAUCAGAAGGAUGAACAAAAAUACAAUUACGGUUGACAUGAACCCAGAUGUGAAAAUUUGGCAGUCAAAGAUACACGCACUUACAGCAACCCGAUAUGAAAAUUUUCAAAAGCUUAGAGAAAUCGAUAUUUUAAGGGAGGAAGCUCAUGUUAAAUACCGUAUUUUGAUUGAAGAUAAUAUGGCACUUUUCAAAAAGGAGUUCCCAAAUGCUUCAAGAGCUUUGCUGGCUGAAUUUCGGAAAGUGGCUUUUGAAAAUAACAUUCUUGACGACUUGAACGUUGCGCGUAAGAAACAAGAGAUUGUCGACACUGCCUCCCGUGAUGAGCUAAAAGAGAUGUACAAGGCUUUCAACAACCUCUUCCCGAAAUACAUUCUUCAAGAUGUUCAAAUUAGUCUCCCUGCUACUGAUUUCAAGAGAAUAGUAGCAUUCUUCCGAAAUUGUUCGCCUGAGGAUGUUGCAAGGGAAAUACCUACACACAAGGCGCUGCCGGGCUCUAAAAUCUACAGCUGCGAGAAGAGCUUCAAUAGAGACGACCUUCCGCCAUCAUACAGAGCGCAGGUCGAGCGCGCACGACAGUUCCCUGACGACCCGGAUCGCCUUAUCUCAUAUGAUACCCCAGGAGUCACUGAGAAAAUGCGAAACCCACAAUGCAGAAAAGAAAAGGACGCUUUUACUACUACCUUGGAGACUGUCUGGGUUUACAAUUCCGACGUAAAGAAGUAUGAGCCGCAUUUUCAUCAGCAGGUUUUUCACAAAUACUCAAACGACCAGGUCAAUGGCUUAAGAAAGAGAAUGACGAUCUAUGUUGAGAUUUCAAUCGUUGAUGUUGAAUGA